GGCUGUUUAUUUUUAGACAGUUUCGUUUUGAAAAAUGCUCGAAAAAGGGGAAAAAUUAAUUUUUUUUUAUUGUUGUGUCGUUUGUAAGUUGAGUCUUGGUGAACUGUCCUGCUGCUGCGCGACUUUUAUGGCCCGAAGGAAGCUGUAACUGUGUAUGGGGCACGCAUAAAGCGGAAAGUGGAUUGUGGCAAGUGGGUGGCGCAUUGGCCACCUAAUUAAUAAACCGAAGUGUGAAUUGACUGUGUGUAUAUAGCCUGUAUAUAGUCGCCAACUGUUGCUCCAAACAUGUGUAUGGGGGGAGGCCGGGCGACAGUUAACAAUUGUUUCUCAAAGCUAUUCGAAAGUCGGAUUUCAGUACACAACAUGCCCAGACGACGACGACCCCGUUGCAAGGUGAAGCCGUUGAUAGCGCUGCACGACGACGCGGCCGGCGACAGCGAGGCGAGUCAGGAGGAGCAGAUCGAGAGUAAGAGCGACGAUGUGGACAUGCCAACCGAUACACACGAUCCGCCAACCAGUGUGCCGGCCAGCGAUUGGGAGUAUCGUCUAUUUCCGGAGCUGCACAAUCAGCUGCCCUCGCUGCCCACGUUCACGGAUAUCUUUGGCCAGCAUUCGGAUGUUUUGUAUCAGGAGAGCGUCUCGGCGCUGCUGCCAGAGACUGGGCAGGGGCAAGUGGCGGGACAGCAGCAGCAGGAGCAGCAGGAGGCGGAGCCAGCUGCUGUUAGCCCGGCCAGCCGUAGCAGCACACCGGAGCAGCUGAAUGGCACGACGCGAACAUUGCUGCCGGACAUCUUUGGCAUUGGCGGGCUCGUGGCAAAUUUGCGCGCCUCGCGCAGCAACAAUGCGAACGCCAUACAAUUGGUCACCGGCGAGGAUCUGACCACGUAUGGCCUGGACCUGGCCAGCCAGGGCGAUAUCUAUGUGCACUUCAAUGGACCAUUCACACAGCAGCCGGCCGGGCGCAGCUCGGCCAAUUGCGCCCUGGAGCUGGGCAUGCGCGGCAUGCGCGAUGCCAUGGACAAAUAUCCAUCGAGGCCCCCAAUCUGGGAGCCCUUCGUGCCGGAGACGAGAAACUUGGGCCUGAUCCUGCCGCUAGACUCCGCUCCCAAGCUAUCCAUGACCAAGUUGUCGCAGCCGCCGUCACACGAAAAAUCUGCCUAGUUUUGAUAUCAUUGAUUUGGCAAACUUUCAAAUUGCUGUUCGCUUGUUUUGGUUUAUUGUCAUAGAAACAA